AUGCAAAACAGUGAUAUAGUCGAAAUCAAAGAUACCUCCAAUGAGUACUGGAAGUGGCCGUGCUUCGAAGAAUGGUUUAGUCGAGAAAAACAUAGGAUGGAACGAAAAGAGAAAGAUAAAGUAGUCAAACAAAGUGCUCCUUUUCAGGUAGUUUAUUCUGUUGAAAGAGAUUCCAUUCCCAGGACGUUUGUCGAGUUGAGUUUCCAGCCGUUGAUUAUGAUCCUACAAAAGAUUAUUCCUGGCAACAGCGCUAUUUUUGACAAAGAACCCCAAAUUAAUGCUCAAGUUUUGUAUCAUGUAAUGGAAAAAUUGCGCACUGAAAAUGCUGAAUUAGAAAAAGCAUCUAAUCUGACAGAUGAGAAGAAAUACAUGAAUAGUUUAAUCAAAUUUCUUGAACAGGAGUACGAACAGACGAACAUUUUACGAGCAAGGAUGAUCAAUAAUAAUGUCGUUUCGUUCGAUAUGUUAUGGUGGCUCUGCGGCACCAUUUCUUCGACAUCAGUAACGUUCGAUCUCUUCAAACAACAAAAGGUGUUUUUAAUAAACAUUAAAGUGAUUGAUUAUGACGGCAUCGGAUUUAAGCGUUGUAAUAUAUAUCGUAAAAUAGGUUACUUUGAAGGAGAGGUGAACUUCUCUUCUUUGCCCGUUAUGCCAUCCCAAUUCUGUAAAGUUCGAAACAGACUUACAGAAAUUAUUACUGAAAAUGGAAAAAAAUUUUUUGAACUUGCUUCAGGAAGGCACUUCAAAAACUAUAACGGUUCGUUAUUGCGUUGGAAGAAAGUGGGUAAUUGCAUGGAAGUAGAGAAGAUGAAUUCUGAUGGUCGUGUCAUGAUUGAUUUACAAAGUUUUGCAGUAAUGAACCCUGAUUAUCCUAUGGAAAAUGCUUUACCUCCAAACAAAUGUGAUAUUGAGUUGCUAGCCAAUAAUCGCGUUUACCUCGAAAAGGAAAAAAUUAAUCAAGUAGAUUAUCUUCAUGCGCCUGCAUUAGUCUAUGGAUUUAGCUUUGCAUUAAAAGAAUGGGGACAGUUUGAGGUUUCAAAAUUUACGGAUGUUCAAUUUGACAAGGAAGCUUUGGACCAUCUAGUGAUACCCCAAAAUAAAAAAGAAAUAAUCAAAGGGUUAGUGAAACAGUACGUUGACCCCAACAAACCGACUGAGGGUAAUGGACUUGAUCCCAUACGCAAGAAAGGUAAUGGUUGCAUCUUUCUAUGCUAUGGGCCACCUGGUACUGGGAAAACGUUAACAGCCGAGAGCGUAGCCGAAUUUUUAGAACGGCCAUUAUGGAUGCUCAGUGUACAUGAACUUGGAACGGAACCUAAAGACUUAGAACGACAAUUAGUUAAGAUUCUAGAUAUCGCUUAUGCAUGGAAGUCUGUCCUUUUACUCGACGAAGCUGAUAUUUAUCUCGAAAAACGUAACACAAUCGACAUAAAACGUAAUAUGAUGGUUGGUAUAUUUUUACGUCUAUUAGAAUACUAUCAAGGAGUUCUCUUUUUGACAACAAACCGUGUUGUAAAUUUUGAUGACGCGAUCUGCUCACGAAUUAGUGUGUUUCUCCAUUACCCAAAACUCGGUCUAAGUGAAAGACAUAGUGUGUGGACAAAUUUUAUCAAACGCGCUGGCUUGCCUCUCAAAGCAGAUGAUUUUAUUAAAUAUGAAUUGAAUGGCCGUGAAAUUCGUAAUGUUAUUAACAUUGUACGAACAUUGGCCCAGGAUAGUGGUGAAGACUUGGUUGCAGAUCUUGUAAUUAAUAUUAUUAAGACAGUCCAAGGAUUUCAGAACGAGACAGAUGAACGUAAAAAAAUAAUGAAUGAAAAUGAUGUGUCCUUACAAACAAACUAA